CCUAAUAAACCUCCCUGGUUUCCAAUUACCUUCCCAUUCCACCAUCAAUCAACAUACCCAUCACUUUAAUAACAAGUUUUCUAUUUUCUAUGAUUCCAUCAUCAUCAACAACAUAAUAGUUUCCAGGAAAGUCACCUUUGACUAAGAACAAUACACACAACCCCCCCAAUUUUGGCAUGUAUAAAUACUUUGCCUAAUUGAACCAUUUUAAUCUAUCCAAUAUCCACACAACCUUCAUCUUAUUAUUAUUAUUACCAUUAUGGACAUGCUUGGUGUUAACCAUGGCAAUAAGAAGCAGAGCAAGAGCAGGGGCAAAAAGGACAAUUUCAAAGUGACAUAUAUUUCAAGCCCCAUGAAGGUGAAGACAAGUGCCUCCAAGUUCAGAGCCGUUGUUCAAGAACUCACCGGUCAAGAUUCCAACGUUGCUGACGUCAUCUUCAUGGAAGAAGCAGCUACUAACACCAACAAUUACAACGUCAUCAACAACAACGAUAACAAUGGUGUUCAUCUUCAUCAGAAUGAAGAAUCUUAUUUGUUUCACGAUGCUUCAACUACUACUACUAAUUGGUUGAAACCUGAUUACACCGAGUUCUUGCUGGAUUCUUCUAGAACUUCUUCAAUGAUUGAACCGUCGUCGUUACAAUACGAUUUUCUCAACUUUGAUAUGAUGUACUAGCUAGAUUUGUAUGUAUAUGAAGGAAAAUUACUUAUAUAUAUAUUUAUAUAUCAAGUUUUGAGAUGAAUUUUGUUAGAAUUAAUAGCUUGUAGCCUCUUAAUUUCAUGUAGAUAUGGAUUCGGCAUCAUGUUUACUUAGCAAAACUGCCAUUUUUGGAGCUUCUUUGAAGCUUGAUGUGGUGUUACCAUUUUGCCCCUUUUUGUUGAGUGAAAAUAUACUUGAAGGUAACUGCUACCUC